AUGACCAAAACAACAACAGAUCCUUUAAUGACAACAAAUAAAGAUAUGACAGUUACAUGUACAACAAGAACUACUGAUCGUAUUCGAAAAAGAUUAAAAUAUACCAGUUUACAUCAUUUAAAUAAAUUAUCGAAUAAAACAAUCAAUUCGUCAAUUCAUUAUUUACUUCCCUUGUUACAAAACAAUAAUAAUAAAUAUUAUUCAACUAGCAAAAAUGUUCCAUUCGAUAUUGAUUCACAAUUUAAACAUAUUUCUAAUGACUAUAAUACUAUGAUGUGUGAAAAGAGUCAGCUGAAACCUUCAUUCACUUCUGGAUCCUAUAAACACUUAACUAAAGAUAUUGAGAGUAGUAAUAUUAGUGAUAAAGAUAACUUAUUCCCAACAUCAGUUUUAUCCUAUACUGAUCAUAUAGCAUCAGUUAAACAAUCAACAAUCAAUACUAAUCAUUUAUUUGUCCCACCACCUUGUAUACCGAAUUCUUUAUUGAAACCAUCAAUUUCACCUAUCAUAACAAACAAUACAACUUCAUUUUCAAACACAAUAAAAGUGAAUGCUUCCAUGUCAAAUAAUCAUCAUCUUACUGAAAAUACUACUACUAUGUCUACCAGUAGUAGUAACAAUAAUAAUAAUAAUAAUAAUAAUAAUAAUAAUAAUGGAAGAAAUUUAUCAUUUUUAAUGUCGAAAAUUCUAGAUAAUUCCCGAAAUACAGAAUAUUACCGAUUAAUCCAAAUUCAUCAGUUCCAUCUUCAACAUUAUACAUCUGAAAUGUACUAA